CGUAUUACAACUUCCUGUUUCGGAAAGCGCUGAGUUAGGCUCUUGUUUGCUACCCAGCUAGUAAGCUUAAAUGCCCAACAGGAUUGUGUCUAACCUUAGUGUCCGAAUACAGUGCUAACAAGCAAGAAGUGCGAUUUAAUGCAAUUGGUGAAAUAAUGUCGGACAGUCCGGAUUUGCCACCAAGCGAUGAGCAGAAUUUAGACAUACAAGGCUCUGUUACUAUUUGUUCUUCUGUUGUGAUGGAGGAAGAGGAGGAUAGCAUGUUUAAUGACCAACAUUUCUAUUGUGAGAUGUGUCACCAGCACUUCAUUGACCAGUGUGAGGUUCAUGGUCCACCAUUAUUCACAUGUGACUCACCAGCAGCUAUGGGCAUUCCUCAGAGAGCUCUGCUGACACUGCCGCAAGGCUUGGUUAUAGGUCGAUCAAGCAUCUCUAAUGCAGGGCUUGGGGUUUUCAACCAAGGUCAGACUGUGCCAUUGGGGAUGCAUUUUGGACCUUUUGAUGGAGAGUUGACUUCCGAGGAAAAGGCAAUGGAUAGUCCCUUCUCUUGGGUAAUUUACAAAGGCAAUAAUCAGUAUACUUACAUAGAUGCAGAGCGAGACACUCACUCUAACUGGAUGAAGUUUGUGGUGUGCUCAAGGAGUGAGAUGGAGCAAAAUCUUGUUGCAUUUCAGCAAAAUGGACGUAUUCUGUUCCGUUGUUGUCGCCCUAUAAGCCCAGGGCAGGAAUUUAGAGUUUGGUAUGCUGAAGAAUAUGCUCAAGGACUUGGCAUCAUCUGGGAUAAGAUCUGGGAUAAGAAAAGCAUUUCUCUAGGUCCAACUGAAGAGGCUGCAACUCAGGACUGUCUGUGUCCUUAUUGCCAUUACUCCUUCCCCACAGUUGUUUAUCUGCGUGUUCAUGUGAAGCGCUCGCACCCCGAUGAGUAUGCACACUUUAUGCAGACACAGCCACUAGAGUCUGUAGACACAGACCAUCUGGCUUCUGAUGCAGCUCCUCCAAGCCAUGUCCAGCCAACAAUACAAAGCUGUCAGGAUCAAAUUUCAACCCCAAAUGGACAACCCAUCCAUCAGUCAGAAAAGUCAGACUGCACUGAUUUGUCUGAUACGUGCAGUAAUGGAUUAAGUGACCAGGCAAACUGUGUUGCUGAGGUCUCGGAUGAAAUGAAUAAAUGUGGUGAGUGUGGCCGUAACUUUUUGAGAUCUUGUCAUCUGAAGAGACAUCAGCGCACUAUUCACUCCAAAGAGAAGCCUUAUUGCUGCAGCCAUUGUAGGAAGUGCUUUAGUCAAGCAACAGGGCUGAAAAGACACCAACAAACGCACCAGGGGGAGGAAAAGAUAGAGGAAGUUGCUGACAGACCUUCUGAUGUAUACCCUUGCACAAAGUGCUCCUUUUCUUUUGUGGCCAAAUCCAAUUUACAUCAACAUCUGAAACGGCAUCACCAUGGAGAGUACCUCAGGUUAGUUGAGAGUGGCUCGCUCACAGCAGGGACUGAGGGUGAAAUGGAGACAAAUUCUGACAAGCAUGACCCAACCUAUGAACCUCCUACUCGAGCGAAGAGGCCCAUGAAGAACACUUUGAGAGGCAGGAGUCACCCUAAAAAAGUGUCUGUUGGCCGACCAAGGGGACGACCACCUAAAAACAAGCGUGCAGCUCAGGAUGAAGUGUUUAUGUGCACAGAGUGUGAACAAAGGUUCUCUGAUUUAGAGACACUUAAAACUCACCAAUGUGUGGGACAGGAUAAUAAUAAGAUCGACGAACCACAGGAAGCAGCAGAUUCUAAGCAUGUCUGCGGUGAAUGUCUGAGAGGCUUCAGUAGUUUUGAUCUUCUCAAAGCCCAUGAGUGCAUUCAGCUGGGAGAUGGAUCCUACUGUUGCUCUCACUGCAACCUUUACUUCAACCGUUUGUGUAACCUUCGUCGCCAUGAGCGCACCAUCCACUCCAAGGAAAAGCCCUACUGCUGCACCCUGUGCCUCAAGUCCUUCACCCAGUCUUCUGGCUUGAAGCGACACCAGCAGAGCCACUCACGCCGCAAAGGCCACCGCCAGAGCUCAGCUCUUGUUGAUGCCAGCAUCUUUCCCUGCACACACUGCCCCUUCUCCUUCACCGAUGAGCACUAUCUUUACAAACACAUCCGCCGUCACCAUCCAGAAAUGAGUGUUAAAUAUCUGAGUUUCCAAGAAGGGGGAGUCUUGUCCGUUGAAAAGCCUCACAGCUGCAGCCAGUGCUGCAAGAGCUUUAGCACAAUCAAGGGCUUCAAGAACCACAGCUGCUUUAAGCAGGGGGAGAAGGUGUAUCUGUGCCCAGAUUGCGGAAAGGCAUUCAGUUGGUUUAAUAGCCUCAAGCAACACCAGCGCAUCCACACAGGAGAAAAGCCUUACACGUGUCAGCAGUGCGGAAAGAGUUUUGUCCACUCUGGACAACUGAAUGUGCACCUUCGCACGCACACAGGUGAAAAACCUUUCCUGUGUUCACAGUGUGGCGAAAGCUUCAGGCAGUCAGGAGAUUUGAGGAGGCAUGAACAGAAGCAUUCAGGCGUGCGCCCGUGCCAGUGCCCUGAUUGUGGAAAAAGCUUUAGUCGGCCACAAAGUCUCAAAGCUCACCAACAGCUUCAUAAUGGCACCAAACUUUUCCCCUGCACUCAGUGUGGAAAAAGCUUUACUCGUAGAUACCAUCUCACCCGGCAUCUCCAGAAAAUGCACUCCUGACUAAAGAAGUAAAGACCCUGAUGAAUUUAUGGAUGUCAUCAUGAAAAGCUUGUUGUUUCUGUUUUAAGAUCAUCUUUAAGUUCCUUUGAGGCAAAUUAUCUAGCCAUUGAAAAGAUCCUGUCCUUGCUGACGGAGUCAUUAGGCUGGUUGUAAGAAAUUUAAGUUUGCAAAUUCAAAACUAUAUUUUAUUAACAACAGUUUGUUCCUAUGAUCAUAGAAAAAAUAAAUUUGUAAAUAUGUGUUGCAAGAUGUCUUCUUUUAGUUUAGAAACUUUAAAGAUGAGAAAAUGAGGGUUUUGAGAAUGAGAAAUUUUGCAUAGAUGCAUAAAUGUUCAGGUAUUUUUUUAAAAGACAUCAUGUCCCUCCUUGCAACAGAAAAUGCUUACAAUCAGAUGUGGUUCUGUUAAUCUUUUUAGUUGGCAAACACCUGAUCUUAGUUGCAUUUAGUAUAGUUUAUCGCCCUUUAAAUAGUGGGACAUUGCACAGAUAAAUACUUUUAACCAUGAUUUGCUUUGACUGUGAUGUUGCAAAGCUGUCAAAAUGAAACCUUUUUAUGUUGCUGUUAUGUGUCUUUGCCAUAAUAUUGUACUGUUAUCAAUUUCUACAUGUUUAUUGUCUAGUUUAAAUUCAUCUUUGUCACAAUGUGCACAAACCAGGUAGAAAAAACCUUCUGCACCAGUCCUUGAUCACACUAAAGAGCUGGUUUAUAACAAUGAUACAUGUUCAUGUGAUGUUUACAAGUUGAGAUCCCUCUAUGGAUAUUUAUUUAUAUUAUAUAGUAUAAGUAAUAUAAUACACAAAUGAAGUAAAUAUUACUUAUAUAUGAAGUAUAUAAGUAAUAUAAUUUACAUUGUACCAAUUUGAAAUAGUUAUUUUAAUUAUGAUCAUAGUAUUGCAAGGGCAACACCCGGUACAUUCUGUAAUUCUAUACCAUUCAGUGACUGGCUGUGCUUUUUAACAAUUUACUGUUUGUUUUAAAUCCCGAAAUGUGGGUCUGCUGACUUACUUUUAAAGAUACCAUAAAGAUCACAUCAGUUUUUUCUUGGUUAGGUCAUGUAAAAUCACAAGAUUGAAGUGUUUACUAACUGUCAAGGCCUCACUGAAUUGCUUUAUAUACUGAAUUGUGGGUUUUAAGAUUUAUAUUAUACCAUCUCUGUCAUUGCUACAAAGUUUCAACAAAAAACACCUUGGAUGUUAAGAUAUUAGUAACUAUUUCAGAGCUAGAAGAUGCUUAUGCAUUGUUAACCUGUACAUUGCUCCCAUGCAAAUUUCCCUUCUUCGAAGAAACAAUUUAACCUUCAAAUACAUUUAUAAAAUAAUUGAAAAAUUGUUUUUUUUUUCCUUUUGCCCAUUGGUAUAAUUGACUAACAAAUAGUUAUCUAAUGCAGAAUAUGUAUAACAAAUAUGUAUGAACUUAAUCUGUAUUUUUUUCUAUAUAUAUAUACCACAAAGGCAGUCAUAUUAAACGCUGUAUUGAAUGG